CGGUCGUCCGGCAAGCCUUGCCGCGCGGCGCUGCAACUGCCCGUGCACAAGUUCGGAAUACUAGGAUACUCUUACUCUAGUACACCGACACUCCGCAUCUGGGACAUGGUGCCCGCCGACAUGCGCGUCCUCAUGCUCAUCUCCUCCAUGCUCCGCGUCGAGCAGGGGUCGCUCACGGGUGAGACCAACUCCAUCAACAAGACUGCGCAUGCCGUGCCGGCCGAGGACGCUGACAUCUAGGCCAAGGAGUGCAUGGUGUUCGCGGGCACCACCGUCGUCAAUGGCAGCGCCGUCUGCCUCGUCGUGUGCACCGGGAUGGCCACCGAGAUUAGCAAGAUCAACUCUGGUGGUCUUCUCUCGUUCGCCUCAUUCCUUACCGACUCACACGCUCCGUCCGCAAAACAGGUGGUCUGUCUCAUAUCUCUCUCUCUCUCUCUCUCUCUCUCUCUCUCUCUCUCUCUCUUGCCUUGCAGGUGGCCACCGUUGCGGAGCUGGACGAGAUCUCUGGGCAGCCCGCCACAUAGCUUGCAGCCCUGGACCCUGGUUCUUGCCACUGAUGCGGCACCUCCUGGUUCAGCAUGAACGUAUUGCAUGAUAGGUGUUUGAUAAAUUGUCAGGAUGGGCUCAUGAACAGAGUGGCUGAUCAGUUUACCUGAUUAAGAAGGGGAUUUAGCUUUCCAGUACAGAUAUUGGUGUGGUUUGGCCUUGCCUUUCCGCAUAUAGUGGUUCGGUUGGCUGUCGCAGGAGGACGACAACACGCCGCUCAAGAAGAAGCUCAACGAGUUCGGCGAGGCACUCACCAAGAUCAUCGGCCUCAUAUGCAUCCUCGUGUGGCUCAUCAAUGUCAAGUACUUCUUGACCUUCGAGCUCGACGGAUGGGUGCCCAGGAACAUACGCUUUUCGUUUGAGAAGUGCACAUACUACUUUGAGAUCGCCGUGGCGCUUGCCGUCGCCGCCAUACCUGAAGGAUUUCCUGCCGUGAUCACCACAUGCCUCGCCCUCGGAACCAGGAAGAUGGCCGCCAAGAAUGCGCUCGUGAGAAAGCUUCCCAGUGUGGAGACUCCGGGCUGCACCACUGUGAUCUGCUCUGACAAGACUGGGACACUGACCACCAACCAGAUGUCAGUCUCAAAGCUCGCUGCGAUCGGUGAUGCCCCAGGGAAAGUUAGGAGCUUCAAGGUGGACGACACGUCGCAUGAUCCCCGUGAUUGCAAAAUUUACUACUGGCCUGCAAGGAGGAUGUAUGCAAAUCUUGAGAUGAUUGCGAAGGUUGUCGCUGUGUGCAAUGAUGCCAGUGUCUCACAUUAUUCAAACCAGUAUGUUUCCACCAGAAUGCCGACCGAGGCUGCUUUAAAGGUCUUGGUUGAGAAAAUGGGAGUACCUGAAGGAAAGAACGGUCUGUCGAUGGAUCCGCCCGAGACAUUAGUUUGGAGGUGAGACGUUGAUGCCCUUUGUGCUGUUGGAGGCUGUUGGGUACUGUUGGUGCCGUUUGG